CUUGUGGUCUCUCAGAAACAUGUCCAUAGCCAAGGCCUGGAACAGCUCAUCCGUGACCAUGUUCAUCCUCCUGGGAUUUGCAGAUCAUCCAGAAUGGCAGGUCCUCUUCUUUGUGACCUUCCUGGGUAUCUAUCUCAUAACCUUGGCCUGGAAUCUGGCCCUCAUCCUUCUGAUCAAAAGUGACAUCCAUCUACACACACCAAUGUACUACUUCCUCAGCAAUUUGUCCUUCAUUGAUAUCUGCUACUCUUCUGCAGUGGCUCCCAAGAUGCUCAUUGACUUCUUCCGAGAGCAGAAGACCAUAUCAUUUGUGGGCUGUGCGGCUCAAUUUUUCUUCUUUGUCGGCUUGGGUCUAACCGAGUGCUUCCUCCUGACUGCUAUGGCAUAUGACCGAUAUGCAGCCAUCUCCAGCCCCUUGCUGUACACCACCAUCAUGUCCCAGGACCUAUGUACUGGAAUGGUGGCUGGGGCAUAUAUUGGUGGCUUCCUGAGCUCCCUGAUCCAGGCCUCCUCCAUAUUUCGGCUCCACUUCUGUGGACCCAACGUCAUCAACCAUUUCUUCUGCGACCUCCCACCAAUCCUGGCACUGUCUUGCUCAGACACUUUCCUCAGUCAAGUGGUGUAUUUCCUCAUAGUGGUAGCUGUUGGAGGGACAUCAUUUCUCAUCCUUCUUAUCUCCUACAGUUAUAUAGUGGCUGCUGUCUUACAGAUACACUCAGUGGAAGGCAGAUGGAAAGCUUUCAACACCUGUGUUUCACACCUGAUGGUGGUGACUCUGUUGUUUGGGACGGCCCUUUUCAUGUACCUGCGACCCACCUCCAGCUACUCAUUUGGAAGAGACAAGCUGGUAUCUGUGUUCUAUUCACUGGUGAUCCCCAUGCUGAACCCUCUCAUUUACAGUUUGAGGAACAAAGACAUCAAAGAUGCCCUGUGGAAAGUGUUAGAGAAGAAAGUGUUUUCCUAGAUCUUACAUGAAACUAUAACUCUCCCAAUUGC